CGACCGGAAAGCUGUCGGAUUUCUUCGGUCAUUUCCUCUUCUUCGGCUCGCCGUCGUGUUUUAAAAUCCUCUCCGUGAAGUCCAGGGACCUAUUAUCUCUCCCGUCGAAGCAACAACACAUUUCACCGGCGGAGUUUACCGUAACGGCGGAGGAGAGGCUCCGUCAGGCAGAAGAAAAGGAUCGUCAUCAGACUGCAGGCGCCAUGAGGUGACGACUGUGACAUCUUGUCUUCUGCCAAGGUGGACUUAUGGCAAGGAUCACUUUCUCCUGCCUGCCGGCCUCUUGGUACUGCAGCGUGUCCCUGCUGUCUCUGGGCUGCGCUCCCAGACAGAGGCUGCUGCUGCUGCUGCUGCUCCUCAUCACCUCCACUCUCCUCUUCCUGGGGACCUACCAGAGGCAGCUGUGGGGCCCCCAGCGAAGGCCUGGGUCCCGAGUCAACAAGUACCUCUCCGUCGCUGAGUCUAUGGAGGCCACCGACGUCCUCAACCCCGCUCUGAACUAUGGGAUCGUGGUGGACUGUGGCAGCAGCGGCUCUCGGGUCUUCGUGUACUACUGGCCCCCCCAUAACGGGAACCCCCACACCCUGCUGGACAUCCGACAGAUGAGGGACCACGACCACAAACCUGUCGUCAAGAAGAUCAAACCUGGUAUCUCCACUCUGGCGAAGACUCCGACGCGGGCCAGUGACUACCUCCACCCUCUCCUCAGCUUCGCCGCCGCUCACGUCCCGAAGAGCAAACACAAGGAGACGCCGCUCUACAUCCUCUGUACCGCCGGCAUGAGGCUGCUGCCGGAGAGCCAACAGGCGGCCAUCUUGGAGGACCUGGUCACUGAUGUUCCCCUGGAGUUUGAUUUCCUGUUCUCUAGUUCACAUGCCGAGGUCAUCUCAGGGAAACAGGAGGGAGUGUACGCAUGGAUCGGCAUUAACUUUGUGUUGGGCCGCUUCGAUCACGCUGACGAGGAGGACGCCACGGUCGAGGUGACAACCGGGUCUCAGAACCAGCGGCCAAUCAGCAGGCGGCGUACAGUGGGAAUCAUGGAUAUGGGCGGAGCUUCACUGCAGAUUGCCUACGAGGUGCCCAGUGCCAUCACCUUCAACUCACCGGAGGAGGAGGAGGCAGGGAAGAGUGUUCUCGCAGAGUUUAAUCUGGGCUGCGACGUCGAGCACACGCAACACGUGUACCGAGUCUACGUCACCACAUUCCUCGGCUUCGGAGGAAACAUGGCCAGGCAGCGUUACGAGGACCAGCUGGUCAACAAGACACUCGCCAAGAACAGGUUUCUAACCGCACAGACGGGCCUGAGCGAGGAGAAACCAUACCUGGACCCGUGUCUGCCCGUCGGUCUGUCUGAGUCGGUUGUCAGGGGCAACCACACCUUGCACCUGCGGGGUCAGGGUGACUGGGCUCGAUGUCAGGAAGCUGUGCAGCCCUUCCUCGGCCUCCACAACGGCACCAUGUCUCCAGGGGGCGUUUAUCAGGCUCCCAUCAACUUCAGCAACAGCGAGUUCUACGGCUUCUCAGAGUUUUAUUACUGUAUGGAGGACGUGCUGAGGAUCGGAGGACAGUACGACAGUGACAAAUAUUCCCGAGCUGCUAAGGACUACUGCUCCACCAAGUGGUCGACACUGAAACAGCGUCUGGACGACCAGCUGUUCGCUCAGCAGGCCGACAUCAGCAGACUCAAGUAUCAGUGCUUCAAAUCGGCCUGGAUGUACCAGGUGCUGCACUCUGGUUUCCGUUUCCCCACCGACUACCCGAGUCUGAAAACUGCCCAGCUGGUUUAUGACAAGGAGGUCCAGUGGACGCUGGGAGCCAUCCUUUUCAAAACCCGCUUCCUGCCUCUCAGGGACCUGCAGCAGGAAACGUUGCGGCAGAGCCACCCCAGCUGGCUGCGCUCCUCCUUCGUCUACAACCACCACCUGUUCUCGCUCUGCAUCCUGGUGGUGGUGCUGGCCAUCCUGCUCUACAUCCUGCGCCUGCGGAGGAUCCACCAGCGGGAGCAGCGGCAGGCCGAGGCCCUGAACCUCCUCUGGGCCGAGGAGGGAGAGGCGCUCCUCCCCUGAGGCUCCAGGCCCAAAAACCUACAGGAUGUUUUUUCACCACGUGACGUGUUUGACUUACUGUAACAGGAAGAAGUGAAGUGAAGUUUUUAUUGCAUGGAAAAAACAUGACAGAGACAGUUUAAUGAGCCUGGAAAUCAAACUCUGUUCACUCUUUGAUCGGCUUUAAACUCGCAGCUCGUCUGAGACUGGAAAGAUCCUCUCUGGGUUCACUUUCUUCUCUUCAAGACAAUUUUUGGAUGAAAAGAGUCAGGUCCGCAUCACAGAUCAAAUGCUGCUGGCUCCUUUUAAGGUCUGGUUUCCAGUUUCAUGUCGGUCUGAACCUGGAUUCAGUGUCAUGGUAACGUCGUUACUGCUGAGCGAGAAGGCAGCGAGGACUGAGGGUGAGUCAACAUCCGUCCAGGUAAAGUUACCUGAAGGUUCAUAGGAGAGAAAAAAGCAAAUCACCCACAUGUGAUUCAGAUUUUCACAAUACGUGAUUUAAAACACAGCUGCAGUGUGAGGUCACGGCUAACGAAGCUUUAGUGUCAUAUGAGAUUCUUCCUCAUGUGUGUGGCUCUGCUGACGUGACGCUUGAUGCAGAGCUCACAAAGAUACGCAGCUUUGAACAAAUCAAAAUUCAUAUCCAGAUAAAUGCUAAUACAUGUGGAGGCCGCCGAGGUGGAGGGAGUUAAACUUCUGGAAGCAGCCGGUGGCGGCGG